AUGAAUUAUUUUUUCUUUGCUUUAUUGUGUCUCUCUGCAGUCUUAGCUGCUGAAAAUUUGAAACAUGAAUGUGUGCAUGAUGAUGUUUCUGCUUCAUUUAGAUACGACGUUUAAGAGCUGAACUUUGAUGAUGCUAACAGAAGAAUGUAAAAUGUUGCUCCUAGAAAUAUGAAGAUUACAUACGAUAUGACUUAUUUCAACUCUCUUAAUUUAACUGAUCCUAUAAAUGUUCAAUUCAAAAAUAAAUGUGAGUAAGCUUUGAAAAUCGCUCUUUAAUAUUUCACUGAUCUCAUCACUAUUGUUCCUAAGCCUCCUGGGUCAAUGAAAUGGAAUUUAGGUCCUACCUGCGGACUAGUUAAUAUCACUGAUGCUGAUAGAAAUAAUGAAAGAGAUAGCGACCUUCAUCUAUAUGUAUCUUAUAGUGAUGAAAUUGCCAAACCAUACCUUGCAUAUGCAGGUUGGUGCAAGUUUUUGAAGGUUUUAGGUCCUACUCAUGGAACUGUAAACUUUAAUUUAGGAAAGCUAAGAAGCUAUGACUUUAAUAACACUAUUGUAUUUAAUGAGUUGAUUUAAAUUGUGACUCAUGAAAUUACUCAUGUCCUCGGUUUUUCAGGUAACGACGUGUAAUACUGGGUGGAUUCUACCACUAAAAAGCCUCAUGUUAAUCCUAUAUCAGUUUAAUUAAUUAGAGGUUUUAAUUCUACUGUUCUUUAAACUCCUAAUGUUUAAGCUUAUGCAAGACAAUAUUAUGGUUGCCCUUCUCUUGCUGGAAUGCUCCUUGAAAACUAGGGUACUGCUGGGUCAGCUGGUUCUCACUGGGAAACUACUGUCAUAAAAAAUGAAUACAUGAAUGCUGCUGUCUCAAACACUUAAGGUUUCUUCAGCAAAUUCACUACUUCUCUGUUGAAAGAUACUGGCUUUUAUGCAUCAAUUAACUCUACUAUGGAAGAAUAAGUUUUUUAUGGCAAAGAUGCUGGGUGUUCAUUCAUAAAUGGAACAUGUGACUAAUUAAAAAGAGAGUUUUGUAAAGCUGGAGCCUAAUAGUGUGAUUACUAUCACUUCAGUUCUGGAAUUUGUAAUCCAUCAUCUUUCAGUGAUGCAGGAUGUGAUAAUAUCUAAGCGUUUAGUAACUCCAGAUGCUAUGAUCCUAGUGGAAACUACUAAAAUAAUCCUACAUUUUUAGAGAAGCUUGGUGUUGGAUUUGGUUCAAAUUCUAGGUGCUUUAUGAGCAGUUUAUCUGAUAUUAGUGGUACAGUGAAAGAAUAAGGUUUAUGUUAUAACUACACAUGCAAUAAUGCUAAUCAAGUUAUAAUAUAAGUUGGUAAUAAUACUGUAACAUGCUCUCAAAACAAUCAAAUUGUUACAUCUCCUAAAAUGAAUGGUUCCCUUAAGUGCCCAGAAAAGCUAGAUUAAUUCUGCAACUACAAAAAAGUAUGUCCCAAUUUCUGUUCAUCUAAUGGGUAUUGUGUUAAUGGUAUUUGCAAAUGCAUUGCUGGUUUUAAAGGUGUCGACUGCAGCAAAACCAUUUGA